AUGGGUACUGUCUCGGACACUUAUAAAGUAGGGGACUACCUGAUGGGUUCUGUCUCGGACACUAAUAAAGUAGAGGACGACCUUAUGGGAACUGUCUCGAACACUAAUAAAGCAGAGGACUACCUUAUGGGAACUGUCUCGAACACUAAUAAAGAAGAGGACUACCUUAUGGGAACUGUCUCGAACACUAAUAAAGAAGAGGACUACCUUAUGGGUACUGUCUCGGGCACUAAUAAAGUAGGGGACUACCUUAUGGGUACUGUCUCGGACACUUAUAAAGUAGAGGACUACCUGAUGGGUUCUGUCUCGGACACUAAUAAAGUAGAGAACUACCUUAUGGGUUCUGUCUCGGACACUAAUAAAGUAGAGGACUACCUUAUGGGAACUGUCUCGAACACUAAUAAAGCAGAGGACUACCUUAUGGGUACUGUCUCGGACACUUAUAAAGUAGGGGACUACCUGAUGGGUUCUGUCUCGGACACUAAUAAAUUAGAGGACUACCUUAUGGGUACUGUCUCAGGCUCUAAUAAAGUAGAGGACUACCUUAUGGGUACUGUCUCGGGCACUAAUAAAGUAGGGGACUACCUUAUGGGUACUGUCUCGGACACUAAUAAAGUAGAAGACUACCUUAUGGGAACUGUCUCGGACACGAAUAAAGUAGAGGACUACCUUAUGGGAACUGUCUCGGACACUAAUAAAGUAGAGGACUACCUUAUGGGUACUGUGUCGGACACUAAUAAUUUAAAGGACUACCUUAUGGGUACUGUCUCAGGCUCUAAUAAAGUAGAGGACUACCUUAUGGGUACUGUCUCGGGCACUAAUACAAAGUAA